GGAAGACUUCACACACAGCACUCCAUAAGCAAGGGAGGUCGAAAACGUAGUUUCGCACAGCAACAGGUGAAUUCUCGUCAUGUCCCAGCGAUUAAACGGCGUUGGCCCCAGCGCCAGCGGCAGUAAUGCUCAAAGCUGCUCGCCAGCUCAAGCGCGUCCAGGCAGCAAUUGGAAAGCGCUCAAAAAGACGCUCGUUGCGCCUGCAGCCGCAGGGAUCCCAUUGCAUGCUACUGGUACUGCAGUGGUCAUGUCGAAAAUGCAGCUGACAAAGUCACGGCACAAGGCGUUCAAGCGGACAGGGGAGUUGGAGCGGCAAGUGCAAGAGCUACACAUGGGCCGAACGGAGUCACGCACGAACAAGCAAAUCGAAAGCAAACACAGCGUGCACCUGACCUCUGGUCUCUCAAAAAGCAAGGGAAAAGCUAGACAAAUCGACGUACAGCAAGAAAUCUCUGCCACUUCCACAUCAUCAUCACCCAAGACAGGCAGUCCGGCGCCAACAACGCUGCCAUGGUUCGCAGAUGACCUUUCCCCGGCCGACCUGGCGCUCGUUCGGCAGAUCCAAGAGGGCGGCAAUGCGGUCAUGCAAGUCGGAGCUGCGAGCGUGCUUGCGGGAGGAGCGGGGGUGGGCAGCGAAAUUGGAGGGAAACUUACUGCGGAUGGGGCGCGGGAAGCGGCAUUGAAAAAGCGCGUCAUCUUCGGUGGGUGGGACGAUAGUGCGAGUGAAGAGAAGAAAGCCCCAGGCAGCUAUCUAGCCAUCGACUGCGAGAUGGUCGGCGUAGGCCCACGUGGCGCAGAAUCAGCCUUGGCGCGCGUGUCGAUCGUCAACUUUCACGGCUUUACGAUAUUCGACACGUUCGUACGAACGCGCGAGCGUGUGACCGACUACCGGACAUGGGUGUCGGGCGUGCGUGCUGCGGACUUGCACGGCGCGCCUUUGUUCAGCGAUGUGCAGAAGCAAGUUGCCAAGCUGAUCGAGGGGCGCACGCUCGUCGGGCACGCGCUGUCGAACGACCUAACGGCGCUGCAACUGACCCACCCGCGGUACCUCAUCCGCGAUACAUCGUCCUUCGAGCCUCUGUGUAUGCUCGCGGGCACGAAGCGGCCAUCGCUCCGGGCGCUGGUGCGCCUGACGCUCGGCAUCGAGAUCCAGAAGGAGGGAGAGGAGCACUCAAGUGUCGAAGAUGCACGUGCUACAAUGGCUGUGUUCCGGACGCAAAAGGCGCAGUGGGACGCCAUGUUGCGAAAAGGUGGCCAACUGCAUCAGCAGGGGGGCAGUGCCGAUCGCGACGCAGAAGGACAGGAGACACAGACGCAGAAGCAAAGCGAGGGCGGCACAAAGAGGAAACGCGACAGCGUCCAUGAUACAGUGCCAGGCGCCAAGAAACAGGUAAACGGGGGGAAACGCGGCACGCCAUCGCAGCCAGGUUGGUGGAAGGCUUCUGCUUAGAUUUUUUUUAUUGUAUCAAAGACAGCGGAGAUUUGCAUGCAGACAGGCAGAACAU